CGGCCGUGCGCCCCCCACCCUCUCAAGCAAGCCGGUGUCUCGAGACGCCCGCGCGCUGGUGCAGGCGCUCCCGUCCCUUCCACUUUCCCCUACUCCGCGAGUUGGUUUGUUCCUCCUCGUUCCCCUCACCCCCGGCUCCCCGCUGUGGUCGGGUCUGGCCCGGCCCGACCCGGCGGCUGAACGGCGAACUCGCUCGCACUCAGGGACUCGCUGCCCAUUGAAGCACCGGCUCGAGAGGAGGGGGGGAGAGUGGCUCCCCGGCCCGGGCAGCACCAUGAGUGAACAGAGUAUCUGCCAAGCACGAGCUGCAGUUAUGGUCUACGAUGAUACCAAUAAGAAAUGGGUACCAGCUGGUGGAUCGACUGGAUUCAGUAGAGUUCAUAUAUAUCAUCACACAGGAAACAAUACUUUUAGAGUAGUGGGCAGGAAGAUUCAAGAUCAUCAGGUGGUAAUAAAUUGUGCCAUUCCAAAAGGAUUGAAGUACAAUCAAGCUACACAGACCUUCCACCAGUGGCGUGAUGCUAGACAGGUGUAUGGUCUUAACUUUGGCAGUAAAGAAGAUGCCAAUGUCUUCGCAAGUGCCAUGAUGCAUGCCUUAGAAGUGUUGAAUUCACAGGAAACUGGUGUGAACAUCCUUGAUUACCACUUUAGACCGGAAGUCAUCGCCUAUCAGUAUAUGGACAACCAUAUUUUCUCAAUCACAACACAAUUGAGUCCAACAUUGCCUCGACAGAAUUCACAGCUCCCCCCCCAAGUGCAAAAUGGCCCAUCACAUGAAGAGUUGGAAAUCCAGAGAAGACAGUUGCAAGAGCAGCAACGGCAGAAGGAGCUUGAACGGGAGAGACUGGAUCGUGAGAGAAUGGAACGGGAGAGGCUGGAGAGAGAGAGACUAGAAAGGGAAAGACUUGAGAGAGAGCGACUAGAACAGGAGCAGUUGGAGAGAGAGCGGCAAGAAAGGGAACGGCAGGAACGCCUAGAAAGGGAGAAACAAGAAAGGGAGAGGCAAGAUCGAGAGAGACUUGAACGACUUGAACGGGAAAGACAAGAAAGAGAACGUCAGGAACAAUUAGAAAGGGAACAACUGGAGUGGGAGAGAGAGAGAAGAAUUUCAAAUGCUGCUUCAUCUUUCGACAACUCCCUGUAUAGCACACCACUUCCUGAAUACUCCAGUUGCCAGCCUCCUUCAGCACCUCCUCCAUCAUAUGCAAAAGCAAUAUCAGCACCAGGGUCAGAUUCCACUCCGGAUUACGCUGUAGUGACUACUGCACCACCGACUUCCACUCCCCCUACACCGCCACUAAGGCAUUCCGCAUCACGUUUUGCUACAUCUUUAGGCUCCGCCUUCCACCCUGUUCUUCCCCAUUAUGCUACAGUUCCUCGUCCUCUGAACAAAAAUUCUCGACCACCUUCUCCUGUGAAUGCCCCAACUUCUUUGCCUCCAAAUACAAAGUCCAUUGUCUGGUCUGCUCCCAGUUUUGCACCACUUCCCCCAUCUCCGCCAGUAAUGAUCAGCAGCCCACCGGGCAAAGCUACUGGUCCAAGACCUGUCCUGCCAAUUUCUGCUUCUAGUUCUGUGUCCCAAAUGCCCCAGUCUCCUCCUCCUCCCAAUGGGCUUCCUGAGUCUGUAACUUACCCAGUUCCUUCACCUUCUACCUCAGAUUCAACGCCGCCGCCUCCACCACCACUGCCUUCCUUUCCACCUAUCUCACUCUCUGGACCUCAAACUUCGCCUUCUCCUAGCUCCCCUAAUGCCUCAACUCCCUCAUCCAAGCCUAGUGUUCUCCCUUCUCCCUCUGCAGCUACCCCUGCCUCUGUUGAGAACUCUCUAAACUCUGUGCUGGGAGACUCCUCUGCUUCUGAGCCAGUCUUGCAGGCAGCCUCUCAGCUGAUUGAACCUCCGACCCAGCAGGGUGUCAUCCAAGGACCACCUGCACCUCCACCCCCACCUCCACUACCACCUGGCCCAGCCCAGUCUUCAGCAGCAAUCCCACCUCCCCCAGGUCCACCACCACCACCUCCACUUCCACCCUCAGGGCCACCGCCACCGCCUCCUCUUCCUAGCCAAGUUCCUCCUCCUGUUCCUCCUCCACCUCCUGCCCCUCCUCUCCCUACCUCUGGAUUUUCUAUGGGAUCUAUGUCUGAAGACAGUCGCCCUUUAACUGGACUAGCAGCUGCACUCGCUGGAGCCAAACUUAGGAAAGUGUCACGGAGUGAAGAGUUCUCUAGUUCAAGUGGAGGAGCUUCAUCUAAAACAGACAGUGUUCGUGGAAAUGGACCACUUCCCUUGGGAGGCAGUGGAUUAAUGGAAGAAAUGAGCGCCCUGCUGGCCAGGAGGAGAAGAAUUGCUGAAAAGGGAUCAACAGAACCAGAGCAGAAAGAGGAUAAAACUGAAGAAUCAGAGCCUUCAACUUCUAAGCCUUCUUCAACAAGCACACCUGAACUAACAAGGAAACCUUGGGAAAGAACAAAUACAGUGAAUGGAAGCAAGUCACCUGUUAUCUCCAGAAUAACUCAGCAAGGAGACUCAACAGGGAGACGGGAGUCUCCAUGGAAAAAUCUGAUUGUUUCUGAAAACAGGUCCUAUGAUUCAUUAAACAGACCAAAAUCUACACCAUCUGGGCAAACCAGUGCCAAUGGAGUGCAGUCAGAAGGGCUAGACUAUGACAGAUUGAAGCAGGAUAUUUUAGAUGAAAUGAGAAAGGAAUUAACAAAAUUAAAGGAAGAACUCAUUGAUGCAAUCAGGCAAGAACUGAGCAAAUCAAAUACUGCAUAGAAAGACUAGGACUAAGCCAAUGUGACUCUUUCACUUGGUAUAAAGUCGACUACAUUUUGUGAGCUGUUAGAAGAAACUGGAGACAGACACUUGGAAGGAGGGGAAAACGACAUUCUGAAAACUUUCAGACACAUCACUCUGGUGAUAUGCUUUUUCCUUCCUAGUUUGCUGCUUUUUUCUGACCUUUACAGCAGGGUGGAAAAGAGUCUUAAAAGUUACUGUAAUGAUUAUGCAGAAAUUCCCACAUUUGUCAGACAAGAUCACAGUGCAUUGAGAUGUUCUCAUGUCAAGAUAAAGUUGCACAUAUUUCAGAAUUCAUUGUUAACACAAAAAAGGAGAAAAGCUUGGGAAGGCUUUUCAGAGAGGUUUUCUUUAUUAAUGAAGGAUUUAGCAAGCUAUACUGUUGUACUGCAAAUGUAUCUCAGGUUUGUCUUCCUAUCAUAUUUGAUAUUUCCAUUAAUAACUUCAAAGAGCAGACAUGUAAGUUCAGAUCACAAAAUAUGAAAUAAUUAGAAGUGUAUGCUUUAAAGGGAAUAUCACCUAGAAAGCGAUGGCAUAUCAAGUUUUUGGAAUUUUAUGAUAGGAAGCCUCUCUAGUUAGCCUUCAUGCAAUUUUGUAAACAAAAAAGCAAGCAGUCCAGAGUUUAAAGAUGUAGAUGCCUUCCUAAAUCGUUACAAUGCUUUACCAAAUCUAAGACUUCUACAUAAUACAAACCAGUGGUCAAAUGUAAAUCAUUAGUAUGUUGUAGAUUUACAGUAGAUUUUCAGACUUUUUUUUAAGAUUUAUGCAUGUGGAUAUUUUUGUAAGGUAACACAACACAAUCAGCUUUUUAAUUAAACAAAAAACAUUGCAUGUCAUAAAUAUUAAGUAGCCUUUUUCAUUUUUAAGGCUUAAUUAAUGCCAAGGAAAAAAGUUGGGGUGG